UCUAUGGCCGACGCGUCCACUAUUAUCAACACCUAUAGUACGCUGUGGUAUGGACUCAUAAAACGUGCCAAUUUGAAGAAAGGCGAAAGCAUUUUAAUACAUUCGGCGGCGGGAGGUAUCGGACAGUCGGCUAUUAAUAUCGCCAAACACUAUGAGUGCGAUAUCUAUGUGACGGUCGGGACGGAAGAGAAAAAGCAAUUUCUGAUGAAGGAGUAUAACAUACCGGAGAACCGGAUAAUGAACUCGAGGGACAUUGUGUUCAAGAAUAAAAUAAGGGAAUUAACGGACGGAAAGGGAGUCGAUAUUGUGAUCAACUCGUUAGCCGGAGAGAAACUGGACGCCAGCUAUGAGUGCCUGGCUAAUUGUGGCAGAUUCAUCGAGAUCGGCAAGUUUGACAUGUUCCAGAAUAGGAAACUGGGUAUGUUUGACUUCCUGAGGGACAUACAAUUCAUUGGUGUGGGUUUGGACGCCGCGUGUAUGAAAAACCCAAACUUUUUUCCAGACUUUUACGUUUGGAUGCAUAAGAACUGUACGAAUGGUUGCAUUAAACCAUACAAUUAUACCCUUUAUAACGCCUCGGAUGCGGAUAAGGCCUUAAGAUUCAUGACAACCGGUAAACACAUCGGGAAAGUAGUGCUGAAAAUGAGAGACGAAGAGACAGACAAAAGACCCCCGAAGCUCAUCAAACCAGCGCCUUAUAUACAGACAACUGUUAAAACAUUUUUCAAUCCCAACAAAGUCUAUAUAAUAACUGGAGGUUUGGGUGGGUUUGGUCUGGAACUCAUACCUUGGAUGCUAUAUUUUGGUGCAAGGAAGUUUGUGGUGACCUCGAGGUCAGGGCUCACAACUGAUUACCAGAAAUAUAUAUUCAAUCGCUUUCAACGAGUUUAUAAAGAUUUUAAAUUUUUCUCAUCCGAUUGGGUCGUGUCGACUGCCAAUGGGUUUACUAUUGAAGGCACACAACAACUCAUAAAAGAAGCCCAAGAGUUGGGACCCAUUGGAGGGAAGUUAACGUUUGAUAAGUUUUGUUCGUCUAUUGAUACCAAACAUAAGAUAUUCACGAAUUUGGAUCAAUUGACCCGAAAAUUGGACUAUAAAUUGGAUUAUUUUGUCGUAUUUUCAUCGGUGGCCUGCGGUAAAGGAAAUGGAGGUCAGUCUAACUACUCGUUCGGUAACUCCAUGUGUGAACGUAUUUGUGAACAACGCCGGAGGGAUGACUUACACGGACUGGCCAUACAAUACGGACCCAUCGGUGAUGUGGGAGUGUUUGCAGACUCGGAUCAGUUGCUGACAAUGACAUCGAUUAGGAAACAGCGGAUCAACUCGUGUUGCGAUGUUUUGGACAAAUUAUUGUCAGUUAAACAACCGAUAGUUACCUCAUAUAUAAAAGUGGACCAGCUCAAAACAGCCGGUGGAUCCAAACGGAAAAUGAUUGCCGAACUAUGGCGUGCUCUGGGUAUUGAUCCCGAGACCACCCCCAACCACCUAACCCUGGGUGAGAUCGGCAUGGAGUCCAUGUUUGCCGUUGAGUUACAGCAGGAACUGGAGAGGGAGUGGAAUAUGAAAGUGACUGUCAAUCAGGUCAAGAGUAUUACGAUCGGUAUGUUAAAGGACUACGAGGCCGGCAAUGUGGGCAAUAUUAAAGUGCACAUCGAGGACAUUAAAAGGUGCAAGGCCAAAAUGCUGAAACAGAGGUUCGUGAUGCCGACCGAAAAGUUCGAGCGCUUGAAUACCGUGACAACUGGUCGACCCGUGUAUAUAAUGCCGACCCUUAACAUCAAUUUUCAAGUGUUUGAAGAGUUGACACAAAAGUUGAACCGACCGGUGAUUGGCCUGAAUUGGACCCGGGAUGUGAGCAAAUUGACAACCCUUAAAGAGAUUAGCAAAUACUAUGUGGACCUAUUGAAGCACCUGGAUCCAAAGGGCCCGUACGAUGUGGUGGGCUAUUUCGAUACGUCCAUUGUUUGCGCUAAAGUGCUGCUGAAGGGAAUGGCAAAUAAGGCGGUUAUUGUGGACAUCAUUAGUGACCUGCGUUUCUGCGAUGAACAGCUCACCGAAGACUUUAUACUGGAGUUCAUGUUGAGCUGUAUGGCCGUUGACAUACCCGACUCAUUUAAGGACAAAAUUCUGCGGGAAUUCAAAAAGGAGCCGGAUAUCAACGCUAAGGUUAGGCUCAUUGUCAAUGAGGUCGUGGACUUCGCCGGCAAAGGACUACAGGCGCCCGAUAUGGAGGCGAUAUUUCACAUAAUGAUAGCCCGGAUUCGUAUGCUAUCGGAGUAUAGACUCAAUAAACGCAAGAAGUUUGCGAAUAAACUAAAGCUCGCGAUCGCAAAGAAAUGGGCGAAAAGGACGGGGAAAUUGGUUUUGAUUAAACCGUUGAAGUUUGAUGGCGUCGAUGAUAUGGAUGAGUUGCUGGAAAAGUCUCGCGAUUUGUAUUUCUUACCUGGCUCAAAGGAUGGACAGCAUAAUAUUGAGAUGGAGGCGGUCGACACUCCCAGCUCUAUAGAUGUGAUGGCCGGGGAUAUAAUCGCUAAGAUAGAGGCAGCGCUCAAAUAAAUUCAAUUUUUCACCUGGUAUCAAUUUGGUUUAAUAAAUUCACACUAAACAAAAUUUACUUUUUGCAUUAUUAAUAUUAAAAUUAAUUUUUUGUAAUUAAUAAUGUCAAAUAGUUGUGUACUGUACAUGUAAUGUACAGGUAUAAUAUUAAAACAAUGUUAAAGUACUAAUUUUGAAUAUUCAUAACAAG